GAAUUUCAAUUUUGAAUUGAAUUUGGUCUGCACUCUCUUCUCACAGACGGCGAUGAGCCUUCACCGUCCGCCCUGACUCUGCCGCUGCUCUCUCACCUUCGCGUCGUCGGCCACUCAACCUCUCCUUGAUAGUAGGUUCUCGAUCGCGCGCAUCUACCUGACUUUUCAUCAUCUCUCUCGAUAGAUCAGCGCCUCAGGUAAUUCCUCUUCCUUCCUCAAAUUUUUAUUGAUUUGCAUAUGACUACCUCCUAGAUCAGCUCUAUUUAAUUCUGUAUUUGGGUCAGAAUCCCUUGAUUUCGUUUCUUACCUAAGAAUCUCGUCCGCCCAUCAUUGAUUACUUCCUGCCGGCUCUCUAUCUCCGACCUCCUCGCCUCGAUCCUUUCUCUCUCGGCGCUCCGAUUUGGCGUAAAAUUUUUUGUUUCUUAUUUCAUGAUUGCUUUCUGAGUUCUGUUUUUCAUUGCUUUUGGGCAUUAAUUUGGUGAUCAAAUCUUCGGUUAGGGUUUAUGUGUUUAGGAAUUUGAUAUUUCUGCAAGAUGCCUGCUAUUUUUUUCCCGUUUUAUGCCAGUUACCGGUCUUUUGCAUGGUCAGUGGAGGGGAAAGUAUUGGGUUUUUGUGAUUCUGACGAAUUAAUGUGAAUUUCUAUAUGAUGGUAACUUAUUUUCUUUGGGGAUGAAUUCCUAGUUUGCGUUACUUAACGAUUCCAUACUCUCUGUUGUUUUCUUCAAUUUUCCAUAUGAGUGUCUAUUCACCGUGCAAUGCAGAACAACUAGGCUGUAGAGAGCAAUUUAUGAUUUUUUCAUCCGGCUGCAAAAAUUUUUAUUGGAUGCAUUUGAGUCUGUCCUCUGCCAUGUCCUGCAAUCUGCAUGGCAGACUUGUUUCUGUAUGCUUACUGCAAUGUCCUCAUUACUCUUUUCCUAGUUGGUUUUGAUGUUAGUCUCCUGGGACUUGUUCUAUUGUUUGUUUGUAUUUGUUCUAAGGAUCUGAUUGGGAGGAUAUAAUUGUUUGUUUGUAUUUGUUCUAAGGAUAUAAUUGCUUAGGAGGGAAGCAUGUAUGUGGGGUUGGCAGUCCACGGGAGUGACUGGGAGGCACCCAUUCUUAGCCCUUUUAUUUAGGCUCUUUUAUUUAGUGUCUUUUAUUAAUUAUUUCUAUCUUGGACCUUCUUUUAUUCACUUUUAGUUCCUUCCCUGCAUAACCUUAAGGAGAAACAAAAAAUCUUUAUUCUUGAUAUUUUGUGCAUCAGCUUUCUAGUUGAGAACGUGUGGAGUGGGUUGCCACUCUAUCCAGCUUCUCUAGCAGAGCAAUUUAAGUGCCAGUUGAAGCUGGUUUUCUACUGCUCUCAGCCAUAUUUACUUCUCUUGGAAUCUGCUUGUCAGACAUUUCAUUAGCUGUUUUCUCUGUGCUGCUCUGCUCUUGUGAUAGUGCUACACUUGAUUCCUAAUAUAAGAUAGAAACAUGA